AUGGAGCCUGGUGGAGAGGAAUCCAUUGCAACACAGUCGGAUGAUGGCGUGAUACACCCCGACCUCGAUGCGGAAGAAAAUGAGCUUGGUGAGGUGGAGCCCAAUGCCAACCAUUCGGACGAAACCAUGCUGCGGGCGCCGGACUCAAAAGUUCAGGAGCCUGCUCAAUGGCAGGUUGAGAGAGGCGAGCCCAAUGCAAACAACUCGUACGAAACCGUGCCAAACUGUUCGUUCGAGACCAUGCUGCGGGCGCCGGACUCACAGGUUGAAGAGCCUGCUCAAUCGCAAGUCAAGAGAGCCGAGCCCAAUGCAAACAAUCCGUACGAAACCAUGCCACCAUAUUCGUUCGAAACCAUGCCACAACAUUCGUACGAAAACAUGACAGAAUCUACGUACGAAACCAUGGGGCGGGUGAGGGAAUCGCGGGCUCAGCAACCUCGGCCCGUCAAGAAGGGAGUCGACCCCAAUGAUAAGUCUCAAGCCAUACCUGUGGCCCAUUUUCAGACCAUCGCCAUAAUAGACGUACAUAAGCUGGAGCAAGCGAUGGCUGCUCUGGCUAAGGAGCGUCAGUACCCUCUUAGAAUCGAUUACACCAACCGGUCGACCCGAAACUUGUACCUCACGCUCUUCAUUACCGUCGGUAACAAGGCAAUGUUUUUCGGAAACACUGUAGACGAGCACGACGCGGUGGGCAUCGCCUCGUUGCUGAAGGACGAAGACUGGAGAUCCACUAGACGGAUUCGCUAUAUAAUGGACCUUCCACAACGGCCAGGACCCUCUAUACCCGGCGAAGUAGUUCGUCGCUUGCGCCUGAAUGUCACGGUGUACGCGCAACGCAGACGAGUCGAGUAUGUCCGUGAGACGUUCCACGCUUCCCAAAUCUGCGACGAACGCUUCAAGACCCCAGACUCCUGA